CGAAAUGCUUCUGGAAGUUGGUGGAAGAAAAUGAAAGCUCACCGUCUCGCUUUUUGUCAAAUUCCAGCAUUCCAUGGCCCUCUUCCUUCCAAUGCUUCGUUGACUCGUUGUAGUGUCGUCUUCUUCUCCAUCAAAGCUCUGAAGCAUCGGAAAUGGACGAGACUCGAGUGCAAGUCCCAAGAGUGAAACUAGGUAGUCAAGGCUUAGAGGUCUCCAGACUGGGUUUUGGAUGUGGGGGACUAUCAGGAAUUUACAAUGCCCCUCUCUCACAUCAAGCUGGGUGCUCAAUUAUUAAGGAAGUUUUCAAUAAAGGCAUAACCUUUUUGGAUACAUCUGAUCUUUAUGGAGAUCAACAUGAUAAUGAAAUCAUGGUUGGCAAGGCUUUAAAAGAACUCCCUCGAGAAGAAGUCCAAUUGGCUACUAAAUUUGGUAUUAUUAUGUCUGAUGGGAUGCAAUUCAGUGUAAAAGGCACCCCUGAAUAUGCAAGAGAGUGCUGUGAAGCUAGUCUUAAACGACUUGAUGUCAGUUAUAUUGAUUUAUACUAUCAGCAUCGAAUCGAUACUUCUGUACCAAUUGAGGACACUAUAGGGGAGCUUAAAAAGCUGGUAAAUGAAGGGAAGAUAAGAUAUAUUGGGUUGUCAGAGGCUAAUGCUGAUACUAUAAGAAGAGCACAUGCUGUUCAUCAUAUCACUGCUUUGCAAAUGGAGUAUUCUUUAUGGUCCCGUGACAUUGAAGAAGAGAUAAUUCCACUUUGCAGAGAACUAGGAAUUGGAAUAGUAGCAUAUAGUCCUCUUGGUCGAGGCUUUUUUGCAGGGAAGGCAGUAGAGGAAAGUUUACCAAGCCAAAGUUUAUUGGCAAUUCAUCCGAGGUUCAUUGGAGAAAAUUUGGAAAAGAACAAGCUCUUUUAUAAACGACUCUCUGAUUUGGCUUCCAAGCAUGCAUGCACUCCUGCUCAAUUAGCUCUCGCAUGGCUUCUGCAUCAGGGGAAUGAUAUAGUUCCUAUCCCAGGGACAACGAAAGUCAAGAACCUUGAGAACAACAUUGGAUCUCUGACAGUUAAGCUUACAGAUGAAGAUGUGAGGGUAAUUUCUGAUGUAAUUCCUGCUCAUGAAUUUGCUGGGGAACGAGAAUAUGACAUGUUCUCAAAAUAUAUGUGGAAGUUUGCAACUACCCCUCCAAAGCAAUUGCAAGAGAAAUGAAACAAACUUUCUUUUCCUUGUACACACCUAAGAAAAUGAAUUGUGGGUUUUGUUUGUUAAGAUUUGGUUAAGAGUAUUACUUCUACAGAAUCAAACUUUACAUGUCUGUUGUUUAAAUGAACCAGAAAUUGCAGUUGUGCAUGUGUGUCAGACAACCUGGUUAUAAUAACUCAUGCCUGAAUGAGAUAUAUUUCGUGUAUAA